AGACGCGACUACUACACGGUACUGCAUUGCAGAGUAAGCACCUGUAAGAUGCACUCUGCACUGCGUCUCCGAUUUCCUUUGAACCCUCACCUCAACAUCACUCACAAUCGCAAGCAUGUCAGUCACGGAAGUGCUCGUCUCCCACACCAACGUCUCGAUUGCGACUUGGCCAACAGAUGAACUACCUCUGGCGACCUCUACUGGACCGAUUCCUCUCACACAUACGAGAGGCUCCAGAGACCCCAACGUACGUCGAUCGCAAGUCUGCCAGCUAUACACAUCAACGAUGGAAGACAUUGCCCAAGCGAUCGGGCGUGUGAAAGCAGAUGCACACGACCGCCCUGCAGCAAUUCCUAGAACCGCUCUGACAGCUUCCGUGCGAUCAUCUGUCUACCAAGUGAACGAGAUAUUACGCUACGGCCCAAUGGUCGGUGGUGCAGAAUUGGCUUGGAAAGUUGCACUGCAUCUCGCGUCCUGCACCAUUGCUGCCAACUACAGUGACCUCGACUUUACCGGGCAGGAACAACACUGCGACAAACAUCAUGAUCGUCUUGAUCGCCGCUUGUCCUCAAUAUGCGAUCUGCAGCAGAAAUGUGGCAAGGUGUACUGGCUUAGUGCCGAACGUUUGGAUGAGGUCGAGCGACUGAAGCAUGAAGCCGAUGCGCCCUACCGAUAUCCAUUGACCACGGCGGUCCUUGCGCGCUUCGUCUGAGAUAGCACACCUGGUGAGGUUUUGAAAUCAAUGAUGAGAGUGGUUCGUGAGACAGAUCGUUACAGGAAUGCAACACUCGAUGUUUCGCAGGCGAGCAGUACGAGUGCACAUAAACAUAUAUUGAUAAUGUACAGAAGUGCCGCAUAGGCCAGAUCCAGACAG